AUGGAUCCAAAGGUGCCUCCUGACCUAAGCAGUAUGACGGGCGUUCCAAUCUGGGGACGUGGACGAGCACAACAGCUCGAGGAGCUGGCUGCAGGACGAGGUAGGGGGCUGCUGCUCCCUGCUGAAGGGCCUGGUGGUGGACGAGCUAGAGGUUUUCUUAGUUCUGGCGAUAACCCACAAGGACGAGGAAUAACUCUAUCAACGAGUGUACCUAUGGUUGGAAGAGCUAGAGGAUUACUUCUCCAGCCAGACAUUGGAGGACUUGGUAGAGCCAGAGGGCUGACCUUUACGGCAGCUGAACCGAAACCUGGGACUGCAGUUCUGCCCUCUUUAGAGUCUCAACUGCCCCAGCCACCUCCAUGUGAAACCAAGACGAGAGACCAAGAGGAGGAGACAGCUUUGGUGAGCAAAGAGGUCGGUUUCUCAAAUGUGUCCGUUGUCAUAUGUGGUUUCUUUUAUUUUUCUCAAAUAAAAUGAUUUUAUGACUUCUUUUUUGCUUACAGGUUGACAUGCCAACACAAGGCCAAGGAUCUUCACUGGUCUCGAUGUUUAGAGGGAUGGGAUUUGAGCCCCCAAGGACGUCAUGGGGUCGAGGAACUCUACCAGUGGGUCAGUGUUUCGAUCACGUUUGUUUUAUGUCAGGGUAAAAAUAUUAGAUACAACCAGGAUUAAGUCUUGGUUGAACUGCUGUACAUAAAUAAUGUCUCAUUGUAAUAUUUAAGGGUCCAUCUUUGAACUAUCACAGGUCAUGCAGUGUCAGUCACAUGGUAUUAAGUACAAACUAAAUGUCACAUAAAGAAAAAGGCAGCUAAUUAAUUGUUUGGAAAUCUCUCAUUAGUUUAAACUUACAGGUCAUACUAAUCGGUGUCUGUAGAUUUUUGCUCCUGUUUUCAGCUUCUGCACUCUGACCUUUUGCUCCCCCACGAGGUCAUGCUUUGUUUUCUUUUCUCUCUGGCUGUGGAGUUUUUAAAGAUGUAUAUGAAAUCAGUGUGAUGUAAGAAAUCUUCCUUGUAAACUAUAGACCGCUGGGACACAAAAACAGGGAGUAAGUGGCCUCUACAUGGGCUGAGCGUUUGGAUCAUCUGCUAAUUUGUAUUAUUUAACAUUUCUGCAUAUUGAGUUGAAUUAUGUAAACUGAUUUGUUUCAGAUCAAGAAGCAGGGGGAGAUAUUGGAGAUGGGAAGAUGCUGGGUCCCCCACUUGGUGUCAUCAGCGGCCUAGAAGGCAUCGGCCAACCUAGGGAGGGGAUAGCUAGAGGUCUUAGGUAAGAGAAUAACUGAAUGAACUGAUUGAAAUAAUUACCUUCAUCAAGGUCUAACCGACCAAAGCUUGCUUCAGUAAAGCCCUUCUUUUUGCAACAGACCAGAAGUCUAAAGAUCUUUGACAAAGUUAUUGAACCAUUUUUUUUAGCCUUUUUGGUCAGGCGGUGCUUGGGCAUGGAAGAGCAGCAGCAGCAGUUCCACAGCUUGGUGGAGUAGGAAGAGGACGUGCUCUUCUACCUUUCCUUCCUCCAGGUCCACAACAGUCCUUUUCAGCUGCUCACGCACAACAGACAACCCUGCUGAGCGCGCAGAUUCCACAAGCAGGUAAGUAUUUGUGGAAAUUGCAAUGACUUAUAUGAUGAUUUGCAUGAAGAUCAUUUCAAUAUUUUGCCUGUGAGAUUGAAAGACUUAAAAAUUUCCAUAUUUUUUAAAUGCAAACAAUGUAAAACAGGAGUACCCCAGAUUCCCGCUGCUCAGGAGGUGCUGGAGCAGCCUUCUGUUUCCCCACUACAAACGGAGCUGAAAAUGGAGGUGAUCCGGUGAGUACAUUUACUGUUCUGCUGUGAUUACACCUCUAAAAGCCUCCAAACACCAAACUGACCCUGCGUUCUCACCUCGUGUCAGUCGUUAACUUGCAGGGUCGCGCUACCUCACAAGAUGAUCUGAUUCAAACCUCGACGGCCACAAUCUGAUUCAAGAAUAUAUUAUGAGAAUAAAGAAUUGAUUUGGCUCAGAUUCAGCUCCAUUAAAUGCAAAUUAAUAUUUGAACCUCAGGGUUUUUUAUGUAUUGAGUAGAAAAUGAAAGAAGUAUUGUGAUUGAUAAUGUUGGUAUCAAAGCAGAGGUUUUGUUUUUAAGUCCUAACCUGGUGAAAUUUGUCUUCCAGCUGACGAACAAAUCACUUUUCUGUGAAGCGUGCAGAUUUUUGAAAUGUUUUCCAUCCUUCUUAUCAAGUCAACAUGACAUGAUCAAUGAUGAUUUAUUGGUGCUGAGGUGGAGAUUAUUAGUCUUUUUGUCCUGUAUCCUUUGGCUUCAUAAAAAUGUAAAUGUCGUUUCAAAAUCAAAGAGACUGACUGCUCCUCCCUCUCUGUUCAGCGAGCCUCUGAAUAAAGCUGGAACAAAAGGGGCUCCUGUAACUAUCGGCUCUAACCACAUCCCCAUACGCUGCAAGAAUGAAGCUGUUUAUCAGUACCAUGUCACGUUCAGGUUGGUAUCAUGUAUCACUGAUACGUUUUCCUGCAUUAUGAAUCAGUCUAUAAUUUGAGCUUAAAUAGAAAACCCUGUAUGGAUUCCCAGCUGUCAUGUUUAUCUUAAAUAUUAUCUUACAGUCCAAAUGUUGAGUCCAUGGGGAUGCGUUUCGGCAUGAUGAAGGAGCACCGCUCCACCACAGGGGAGGUUAUAGCUUUUGAUGGCUCCAUUCUCUACCUGCCUGUUAAACUUAAACAGGUAGGAGUCAGGGAGUUUGGAUAUGAACACCUCUGGUCUUUUACUUUAUUAUCAGAAAUGCUUUUAAGUGAAUGGAUGAUUUAGCUCCACAGAAUACUGAUUGUAUAAAACUGUUCAGUGCAGAAGAAUUUCUCUGAAAAAAAAAAAAAAAACGGUCUUGAUGUUUUCUUUGCUGGUCAUUUUAUUAUGAUGGCGCGCAGGAGGUGCUUCUCCAAAGUAUAAGAAAGACAGACAACGAGGAAAUCCAGAUUAAAAUCCAGAUGACAAAGAUUCUGCCGCCCCACUCGGACCUGUGUCUCCCCUUCUACAAUGUGGUGCUCAGGAGGUAUUUUUGACAGUGUUGGAUCAAAAGACUGAAAAAAACUAUUAAAAAACUGACUGUUUUCAAAUGUUCAUAGAUGGUAUUUGAAUAGACAACAUUACUUGUAUUUGUAGAGCUUUGAAUCAUUAUAUCACUAUUUAUCACAAUUUGUUUCUUCAGGGUUAUGAAAAUAGUCGGACUGAAGCUGGUGGGACGAAAUCAUUACGAUCCAGGGAGCGCUGCCGUUCUUGUAAAACAUCGGUAAGUUCAGGUUUUUUUCUCCCAGCAGGGGGCAGAUGCCGGCUAACUUGAGCUCCUCUCUGCCCGGUUCAUUGUGUUAUAGUAUUUUGUAUGAUCUUGUAGUCUGCAGGUGUGGCCUGGAUACUCAACCUGUAUCAAGCACACAGAUGGGGGUCUGUACCUGAAUGUGGACGUUUCUCACAAAGUCUUAAGGAACGAUUCAGUUCUGGAUGUCAUGUAAGUUCACCAAUCAUUACGGAUUGUCCAGAUACAGCCACUUUGCAUUACAUUCUCUGUCACAAGGUGAUAUGUAUGAAAUGUUGCCAUGUAGUGUAAAUGGCAGACACAAAAGGCUUUGCUUUCUGUAACAGUUAAUGGUACAGUAUCUUGCACAAGAACACCAUGAUUUGUAGACAGAAGGAGCUCCAGGUAGAAAUUUACAUGUUUGAAUUCAGGAAACAUGGGUGGAAAGCUGGCUCCUACUGAUAACGCUUUUAUAGGGAAUUGAUGUCUCUUAGCCGUAAAAGUAUGGAUACAAAUACUCACAGUUUUUGAGUCACCAAAUUUUCUCUUGGUCUGAAGUUUGUUUAGAGUGAUUUUUCUCUGCCUCAAUGUGCAUGGAAGACAGUCAGAGGUGCAAUAAUACAUCUGUUUCAAAUUUGCAAUCAGAUAGUGCAGGGACAUGCACUGUGUGGAUUGUUGCAUGGUACAACUCAGUAGUAGACCUUCACAAACUUAGACCAGCAUCUACAAAAGAUAUGGCAGCCAAACUGACAAGAAGAAGAGAUGAAUAGAAAUUGUUACCAGCUGAGCAGCUGCCAAGGUUUAGUUUUCACAAUUACCCUGUGACUCUAAAAUCAUGAGGUUGACCAUGAGGUUUUAAAUCCAGUCUAGAGAGUCAGGGCUCUGGUUUUUGGUGAAGGGAAUCUGUAAGUGUGGCGUGCUGUAUUGGUCAUGUCCUUGCUCUCCAAACACUAUAAAAGAAAAACUGUUUAAGCCACAAUAAUCAUGUGUGGGGUCAACCGUCAGAGUGAGCUAAGAGCUGCAGGUUUGAGGAUUACAAUUAGUGUCUUUCAUUCUGUCUCCAAUUCAUGUGUGGGCACAAAGACCAAACCAAGCAGAGCGAUGUAAAAAUACAUUUCACUUUGCUGUAUAUUCAUGUGUAUAUUCAUGUAUAUUUAACAAGCCGUUUGCAAGAUGGUGACGUUGUUGGUGUGUCUGUACUCCAACCACCCUUACCCUUACCUCUGCUGGGAAUGUGGUUGGAUUAUUGGGUGAGUUGGAGGGCAGUAGUCUGACUCGGAGGGAUGAUUGCAUUUAUAUAUUAUUCAUAAACAAACAGCCUUGACCCAGCUUUGCUCUCUGUUUAAAAUAGAAAGGUCAAAAUAAGACACAGGGCCUCCGUAGAAAAGAGACAAAACUGACCUUCACCCCUGCCGUCUUCCAGGAACACGCUGUACCAGCAGAGCAAACAGAACUUCCAAGAUGAGUGCGCCAAAGAACUCCUCGGCAGCAUUAUCAUUACUCGCUACAACAACCGCACCUACCGCAUCGACGCCAUCGAGUGGAACAAGUCGCCGAAAGACACCUUCACGUUGAUGGAUGGCACAAAAACCACAUUUGUGGACUACUAUCGGUGAGACUGAUCCGUCCACUAACUCAUCAAACUUUUAAAAAAAGUGACGAUAACAGGUGGUUUUAUUUUUUACGCAUGGGCCAGAGUUUGAGUCAGAGUAGCAGUGAAUUUGUGUUGUAUGUUUGUUGGGAGUUUUUAGUUAAUUAGUUAAUUAAUUCUCAUUACAUUGCCUCAUUCAAACAGAAAGAACUACGGGAUUGAAAUCAAAGAGAUGGACCAGCCUCUGCUCAUGCACCGGCCGAAAGAGAGAUCCAGACCUGGAGGGAAGGUAAAACCUGUCUGAAGCUUCAUUGUUGUCAUAUAACAACCACUGCUUAGCAGACUGUCUGCUGCAUGUCUGACAGUCGAGACUUGACUUGAACUCCUGAGUCAGAUUGCCAUCUUGUGGCUGCAGCAAACUUUGCAUUUUAAGUCUGUUUUUAUCACUUUGGUCACCGAGAGACAAAAUGAGUUUAACAACAUCUUUUUUAUGUUUGACAUAAAGCUGUCCCAUCAUUUUAAGAGGUUCUCUUGUACUUACUGUAGGAGCAGAAGACCCACUCAGGCAUCAGCAGCACUUCUGAAUAAAUGAAAUGAUUUCAGACUUGACUGAGUGGAUUGUUGUGUGAUAUUUUUCAUUAUUACAGCAAAUCAUCACGGGAGAAAUCCUUCUGGUACCAGAACUUUCCUUCAUGACAGGAAUCCCAGAGAAAAUGAGGAAGGACCAAAGAUCCAUGAAGGUAAAUCUGAUGAAUUUGUGAAUAUGUAAUGCUGCUUGCUGACUCACUUAAGUUAUUUUUAGUGUCACUUUUUUUAGCAGUCACUCCUUUACCGUUUUAUUGAAAUGAUCUUUACCCUGGAGGAUUUCUGUGACAGUAACGGGUCACCUUCACUCGCUGUCCCACUUUUAGCUGCGUUGGUGACACCCACUUAAGUUUUAGUGGAGAAUUUUUUUCAAUCUUAACAGUCAGGUGAUUACCUUAACUAGAAAAAGAUUCAAGUUUGCAGCUCACUGUUAUAAGCAGAGGACAGUAGAAGGUCAGAAACAUCACCCGAAACCGUAAGAUAGACUCCAGCUGCCCAAACUUCAGUGUGAAAAUUGGAAAUUAGGGAAGCAAUGAGGUUGAUUUUAUUGAGUGAAUUUUCUAUAUCGUAGGACCUGACCACGCACAUCAAUGUGAGCAGUGAUAAGCACACCAACUCCAUAAGACAGCUGCUGAAGAACAUCAGCACGAACCCCGAGAGCCUGCAGGAGCUCAGUCGAUGGGGGCUGGAGAUCGGCACAGAUAUCGUGUUGGUAAGGGGGGGGGGGGGGUUGUUAAAUUGAAAUAUAUAUUUUUAACUUCAGCUGUCAUACACUUUAGAGUUGGGACAAGAAAGUGGUUUCCCCAUUAUGCUUUCCUCACGUAAAGACAGUAUUAGCAGGUUUGUUUCCUUACUCGCAGGUUAAAGGCAGGACCCUCCCUGUUGAAACCAUCUGUUUGCAGACCUCAUCGUUCCUCACAGGUCCAGAUUUGUCCUGGUCUAGGGAGGUCGCCAGGGAAGCUUCAAUCAGCUCUGUGAGUGUUUUGGAGGAAUCUGUGGGAUUCCUGUGGGCACCCUUUUCUGUGUGAGGGAGCGAGGAAACAUAAUAGUCAAGAUAGCUGCGUUAAUUUCAAAGUUUUCCUUAGGAAUUACUGUUGUAUUGUUGUGUCCUAUGUUGCUCGUUCUGCCUCUUGAUUCUGCGACUCAAGUUGCUCUGCAGAAGCUUCAAAGUUUUACUUUUUCACCCACUAACCCCUCUCACUUUCAGAUCCCACUGAACAUCUGGGCGAUCUUCUACCCUGGCCGCUGUGCGGAACAGGCCGAGGUGCUGGUUUCCACCUUUAACAAGGUGGCCAGUCCCUUAGGUGUGAAACUGGAGCGGCCUAUUCAUGUGAAACUGAGGGAUGAUCGCACCGACACUUACGUCAAAAGCAUCCACUCACAGCUUACCAGUGAGGUAUGACAAUAACAACAAAUAAAAGUAUAAUAACGAGGAAUUUGAGACAACUCGUAUUUAUAAAAUUUACCAGAUUUGUCUUCGUUCUUUGAGUUUGUCUCAUUGUUAUUAAGCUUUUUAGUGUACAAAACCACUUUUGCAGAACGUCUAUAAAGUUAUCACACAAAUGAGUGUUAAAAUAUAAAUAAAGAGGGAGUUUUCCCCCUUCUCUUCCAAAAAAAAAACAUUCAAAGGAGGAGAGGUAUUCACUUAGAACAGCAUUUACACUGUACCUAUAAACUUCUAAAUAAGGACCCUGUACACUGUAGCUGUAUUUACUGUUUCUGUUUUUACCAGUAUUUAGUGUUCCAGUGUUUGGCACAAAGCUAAUCGUAACAGCUGCACAAGUGUGACUGUAUGUGAAAAGGACCAGAGCCGAGAUGCACCUUUGUCUAUUGUGUUUGUUACCAUUUCACAUGUUUAAAGCCAAAUAUGCAGCUGGUAGUGUGCAUCCUGGUCGGCAACAGAGAUGACCUCUACAGCGCCAUCAAGAAGCUCUGCUGUGUCAAAAGUCCAAUUCCAUCUCAGGUUUGUCAUGACGUGUUUAUGCAUCACUGAGAUUUUUUUUUUUUGAAGAUGGUAUCGUCAAGGCUCGUAACAGAAGAUCUGUGGUUUGUUUGUUUCUUUUUUUUUGACGUUUCUGGUUUUGAUUUUGUCCUGGUCACAGGCCAUCAAUGUCAGGACAAUUUCCAACCCACAGAGGCUGAAGACUAUUGCUCAGAGGAUCCUCAUGCAGAUGAACUGCAAGUUAGGAGGAGAGCUGUGGACUGUCAAUGUCCCUCUGGUGGGUGUCAGAUUUUAUUUGCUAGGGCUGGAUUAUUUUGGAAAACCUCUUUAUUGUUGUUUUCUGAUCAGUGAUAUGGUCCUUGUUGGUCUGAAAUAAACCAUAACUCUGCUUUUUUUUAGAAACACUUGAUGGUGGUUGGAAUUGACGUCCACCACGACACCAGCAAGGCACGUCAGUCAGUCAUGGGAUUUGUUGCAAGUGUGAACAGGCAAGCUCCUAUUUCAGCCUUGCUUUGUGUCCAUUUUUAAUCAGUGUGUUAAGUAGAUGUUUAUAAUAAUCAUUUGAUGAGACAGAUAUUUCUAAAGAUGUCAUCUGCAGCCUUUAAAGAUAAGAUGGAGACACACUGUAUGUCACUUCCUCGUGUUAACAUUGGUGCAUUGCGUCUCAGCUGACUGGGAGCUCCCUUUCCUUUAUCUGCAGUUCUCUGACUCGCUGGUACUCCAGAGUCACUUUCCAGGCGCCCAAUGAGGAGCUGAUUGCCGGCUUCAGGGUUUGUUUACUGGCCGCUCUGCAAAAGUACUACGAGGUGAAUGUUAUAAUAAAUGCAUCCCCUUUAUAUGUAAACCUGUAAGACUUUUAAUAGAUGUUUUCUUACUUAAAUGCCACCCUGAAUGCAGUCGAAUGAAUAUUGUUGUUGAUCCUGCAUCUUCUAUAAAUCCUGUGAAUGCUCUACCACGCAGGUGAACCACAACCUGCCGGAUAAGAUUGUGGUGUAUCGGGAUGGCGUGUCAGACGGACAGCUGAUGAUGGUCGAACAGUUCGAGAUCCCACAGCUGGUCAAGUGCUUUGAGACCUUCCCCAGCUACGAGCCCAAGCUGGUCUUCAUCGUGGUUCAGAAGCGCAUCAAUACUACGCUCUACUCCUUUACCUCCAACAACUGUGUCUCACCUCCACCUGGAACUGUGCUGGAUCACACCGUGACUAACAGAGCCUGGUCAGUCUUAGUCAAGUUAAAGACCCAUAUGCAAUAUUCAGACUCAUUCAUGGUGCUUUCAGGCCAUCAAAAAUGUUUCUUUCACUGUAGCGGUCAUUUUUGUUUUUUCUCCAUUCAGGAUGGACUUCUAUCUCAUGGCACAUCACAUUCGCCAAGGUUGUGGACUUCCUACACAUUACAUCACACUGUACAACACAGCGAACUUCACACCUGACCAUCUGCAAAGGUAUGAACCCCAUCAGCACGCAGAUUCUUCCACUCAGUCAUCAUCUUGCUUCAAGGGGAUCUUUAACUAGUUCCUAACUCAUUUAACAUUCUCACUCUCUUCCCAAACCAGGCUGACCUUCAAGAUGUGCCAUUUGUACUGGAACUGGCCAGGCACCAUCCGAGUCCCAGCACCGUGCAAGUAUGCCCACAAACUAGCCUUCCUGUCAGGCCAGUACCUGCAUUCAGAGCCAGCCAUUCAGCUUUCCGAGAAGCUCUUCUUCCUCUGA